AUGAGACGUUGAGAGAGACAGAAGCCUUUCCCUUCUUCGCCAGCAACAAGCGCUCGUUCACCAUUUAUUGCACAGUGCAUAUCCUCUGCCACAGUUGAAACCCAGAAUCAGCCGCCAUGGGUGAACAGGGAGAGCAAAACCACACUUCGCUAGAGGACGAAAAGAAGUGGAAGCGCAAGAGAAAUAGGCAUCAGAAGAAAGCAAUUGCCGCAGAGCAAGCGGAUCCUCAGAAGCAAGAAGAAGAAGAAGAAGCAGCAGUUGAAGAAGGUAAGGAGGAGGAGGGAGAGCGAGAGGAUGGUGGUGGUCGUGGUGACGAAUUGAAGAAAGCGGAGGAGAAGAAGAAAGUGAAGAGUGGUGGCGGAGGGUCUGGAAUUAUGACCACGGAGUCCUUUGGAUCUUUGGGAUUAUCUGAACCCACUUUCAAUGCUAUUAAGGAUAUAGGAUUUCAGCAUAUGACUCAGAUUCAAACCAGGGCAAUCCCACCACUUUUGCUUGGCAAAGAUGUUCUUGGAGCUGCGAGGACAGGUUCUGGGAAAACUCUUGCUUUUCUAAUACCAGCUGUGGAAUUGUUAUAUCACAUCCGUUUUACUCCUCGUAAUGGAAUGGGAGUGGUCGUAAUUUGCCCAACUAGGGAGCUUGCAAUACAGACCCAUGCUGUGGCAAAAGACGUUCUCAAGUACCACUCUCAGACUCUUGGUUUGGUUAUUGGUGGUUCAGCUAGAAGAGGAGAAGCAGAGCGUCUUGUGAAAGGAGUGAAUUUAUUAGUAGCAACCCCUGGUCGACUUCUUGACCAUCUGCAAAAUACCAAGGGGUUCAUUUAUAAAAAUUUGAAGUGCCUAAUAAUCGAUGAAGCUGACCGGAUACUAGAAGCAAACUUUGAGGAAGAAAUGAAGCAGAUUCUUAAGCUUCUACCACAGAAUAGGCAAACGGCUUUAUUUUCAGCCACCCAAACUCAGAAGGUUGAGGAUCUUGCACGCUUAUCGUUGAAAAAUGCUAUCUAUAUUGAUGUGGAUGAUGGAAGAAAUAAGGUCACUAAUGAAGGGCUGCAGCAAGGCUAUUGUGUUGUCCCCAGUGCCAAGAGAUUUAUUCUUCUAUAUUCCUUCUUGAAGAGGAACCUGUCAAAGAAAGUGAUGGUCUUCUUCUCUUCAUGUAACUCAGUCAAAUUCCACUCUGAACUGCUGAGAUAUAUUCAGUUGGAUUGCCUUGAUAUCCAUGGACAGCAAAAACAGCUGAAAAGGACAACUACGUUUUUUAACUUCUGCAAAGCAGAGAAGGGAAUCUUGCUAUGUACCGAUGUUGCUGCUCGUGGGCUUGAUAUUCCUGACGUGGACUGGAUUGUGCAGUAUGAUCCUCCGGAUGAACCCAAGGAAUACAUUCAUAGGGUUGGUCGAACAGCUCGUGGGGAAGGUGCAAAAGGAAAUGCUCUGCUUUUCCUGAUUCCUGAAGAGUUGCAAUUUAUUCGCUAUCUGAAGGCAGCAAAAGUCCCUGUUAAAGAGUAUGAAUUUGAUCAAAAGAAGAUGGCUAAUGUGCAGUCUCACCUGGAAAAUUUGGUAGCCAAUAACUAUUACUUGAACAAGUCGGCUAAAGAAGCAUACAGAUCCUACAUAUUAGCAUAUAACUCUCACUCUAUGAAAGAAAUCUUUGACGUUCACCGCCUUGAUUUGCAGGCUGUUGCCAGUUCUUUCUGUUUUUCGAACCCACCAAAGGUGAGUGUGAACAUAGAUAGUGGCGCCUCAAAGUUCAGAAGGAAAAUCCGGAAAGUUGAUGGAAAGCGACACGGUUUCAGUGAGAGCAGCCCUUACGGAAGGCAGGGAGGUGGAGAUUCUAAGCGACAAUCUGUGAGGCAUUAGCAGAGUGGGCUCUCUUCCAGUGUGGAGCAAGUGAAGUGCCCCAUAGGCUAUAAAUUCUGUGAGCAGCAGCAAUUGAACUGAACAUUCCAAAUGCAUCCUGCAGGAUUUCGACCUAUUCAGCCAUUGAAACAGAAGGAUGCAAAAAAUUCAGUGAGGGAAGUAGGUUUUGGCUUGUGGGUUUUAGCGGUUCACCAUUUUACUGGUGGUAGCGAUAUCUUAUAUCAUUGACGCUCGCUACAACUACAAGGAGCUCAAAGUAGCUAAAAACAUGUUGAGAAAUAUAUUCAAUUUUGAUGUGUGACCUGAUUGAUUCAGCAGGUCUAAUAUUUAUGUUUUUUAGUAUUAGCGAGCUAUUGACAUUUAAAGGCAUCCAUAUGGAUACCGAUAUAAUUAUUCAAACAUAGACUAUAUUCCAGUUGUUGCAUCUUUGAUCUUU